AUGGGGCAGGUUCCGGAGGGCAUCGCGCCCGUUCUUUUCUGCCGCCGGCCCCGCCCGCGGCCCCGAGGCGAGCGGCGGCCCCCGGCGGUGGCGGGCGGCAGUGCUGCCGCCCUGUGGGCAAAGGGCGUACAGGGGAGGGGUGAAGGCGGCUCAGCGGCGGCGCUGGAGAAGGAUGGCAGCGGCGAGGGCGGCCCGGCGGGGCCGGUGUCGGCGGGCGGCGAAGGCGCGGUCGCAGCGCUCACGGGCCGAGGGCGAGCGGCGUCGGAGCAGGGCUGCGCCCCCUUUCCCGGCCCCCGCGCAGCCUUCUCAAGACGCCGGGAGCGGCCGCGUGCCGAAAAAUCCCGCCGGGGCGGCGUGCGGGGCGGGAGCGGGGCCCUGCUUUGCCCGCCCCUGCUGCCGCCCUCCUUGGAAGGUCAAGUGAGCCGUCCCCAUCCCGCCGCGUCCCUGGCUCGUCCCGGCGCGUUCCCGCCGCCUCCCCGUGCUUCUCCGCCGUCUCCACUCUCGCACAAGCCCCCCGCCUCCCGGUCCCGGUCCGGUGCAUGGAAAUGCAGGAGAACACGGAAGCAUCGGGGCGGAACCGGCGCUGGAGGUGUCCGAGCCGUCUCCUUGGCCCGCAGGAGCAUAGGUGCCCGCCGCCGUGAGCUGACAGGUCCGUGCUGGAUAUUGGGAGAAGGGUCGCCUGCUGGUUGCUGUGUCCUCGGUGGGCAGAGAGCUCUGACCUCGGCCAGAUGGGCUGUUGUUGUAUCUCUUGGGUGCUGUGCCGAACAGAAUCAGGCAGCCAAGCCUCAGGUUCACCUUCUCCCUGACCCUCCUACGCUGCUGGUGUGGCACAGCAGAUCCUGAAGCAGGUACUGGAACUUGCUGCGUGUGUCACUGCUGGGUGUGAAAAACAGAGCCUUGGGGAGUGUUGAUCUCCUCGCCUGCUCUGUGCUCGUGCACUCUUGAACGAGCUUUUCCUGCUGGGCAAGAGAAGGGGAGGGUGGGCGGCAGUCGGAAUGAGCCUCAGAGCAAAGUUCCUUCUGCGGUUGCUGGGCUGUUCUCCCAGCUUGGAGCGCUGCACACUCGCUGCAGCUUCCACGAAUUGUCGUCCGUGCUUGUGGAUUGGGAGCACUGUCCUCCUCCACAAUGCCAGCUUUCUCUCUUUGCAGAGGAGCACAUUUACAUAAAGUUAAAGAGAUUCCCUCUGUCACACCCAGGAUUUGGACCUGAGGAAGGUACCAGGUUCUUUUCCCAGCUUUUCUAGAGUUUUGAUUUUUGAGGUAAGAGUCUCAUUUUAGGUAUCCAGUAAUUCUUCAGAAAUGUAUUUAAACAGCCAU